AUGGGGGACAAGUUCCAGGAGCGUCUGGCCAAGCUGAGUGGUGGCGUGGCUGUCCUCAAGAUUGGGGGCGCCAGCGAGGUGGAGGUGGGGGAGAAGAAGGACCGCGUGGAGGACGCACUCAACGCAACAAAGGCGGCCGUGGAGGAGGGCAUUGUGCCGGGCGGCGGCGCGGCGCUGCUGCACGCGGCCAAGGAGCUGGUGGCGGUCAAGGAGAAGCUGCAGAACUUUGACCAGCAGAUCGGGGUCCAGAUCAUCGCCAACGCGCUCAAGUCGCCAGCGCUAUUCGCUGGCACGAGCGGCGCGGCAGCCGCAGGGCAGGCCGCUGUUGCCAGCUCAGCCAGCGGGGGAUGA